UUAAAAUUACUUUUGCUAGGGUUUCAAAGCUUCAAGUUUUGUUUAACGGUUGGCAGUUUUGAAGCUGUCUGCUAUGCGCGCUACCUGUAAACAUGUCUACGUACUCGAGUAAUUUGUUAUGGUAAUGAACGAUGAUAGAGGGCUUCGUACUGCGUAUUUUAAACUGAUUGGUUCUCCUAACCUUGUAAUCUGCAACUUUUUCUACUCUCAAUAGUAUUUUCAUUGUAAUCAAUAUGUCAUUCUAAGAAAGACGAAGUAUUAUUCAUACUUAACAAAAAUGAUAUCAUUCACAAAAUAUCUUCGCAACUCAUGCAUUAAUUGUCACCUUCAUAGAAGUUUUAACCGUUCUUACAUAACCAAUAGAAUUGGCCAUUUAAAUGGAUCACAUAACACCAAGACUGACGUUUUUGGUUUGCGUUCAAACUAUGUGACGAUACGUCCAAAUUUCGCACUAUUUCGAAAUUUUAAGAGUGGAACAUGGAAGUUCUACAGCACAAAAGCUGCGCAAUCAGCAGCAUCAAGUGGGUCAAAAGGGAAACAAUUUGAUAAACGAGCUAUAGAACGAUUAUUAUCCUUUGCCAAACCAGAGAGAUGGAAAAUAUUUGGUGCUGUGUCGGUACUUGUUGUUUCAAGUGCGGUUUCAAUGUUUGUUCCUUUUGCUGUCGGUAAACUCAUAGAUAUGAUUGGUAAUCAAUUAAAAAGCACCUCUGAAGCAGAGAGAGAACAAAACCAAAGGGAGUUAAACAAGUUUUGUGGUACAUUAAUUGUGAUAUUUAUCAUUGGAGGUGCAUGUAAUGCAGCAAGAGUUUAUUUAAUGUCUGUCGCUGGUCAAAGGAUAUCCAAAGCUCUCAGAGAGAAAGUAUAUAAGGCAAUGAUACGACAGGAGACUGCAUUUUUUGACCAACGUAAAACUGGUGAAUUACUCAGCAGACUUUCCUCAGAUACCCUUAUCCUAAGUGAUUUGCUCUCAACUAAAGUAUCAGAUGGUCUCAGGAGUAUAAUUUCAACUUCUGCUGGCCUUUCAAUGAUGUUUUUCACAUCGACCAAGCUGUCUUUUAUAGCAUUGGCGGGUGUUGUUCCUCCCAUUGCGUUCCUUCUUGUUGUUGUUGGCAGAUACUUGAGAAAAAUCUCAAAGGAAGUUCAAGGCUCUCUGGCUGCUGCAAAUCAAGUUGCAGAAGAACGGUUUUCAAAUAUACGUGUUGUCAAAACCUUUGGUCAUGAAAAAUACGAGAGUAGCUUGUACACACAAAAACUGGCUGACCUGAUUGAGCUGGCUCGAAAAGAAGCGAAAGUCAGAGCAAUGUUUUUUGGAUUGACUGGUCUUAGUGGGAACAUUAUUCUUGUUAGUUCCCUAUAUAUUGGAGCACCAAUGUUGAUUGACUCCACGCUAACCGUGGGACAACUAAGCUCCUUCCUUUUGUACGCUGGCAGUGUCAGCUUAUCUGCCAGUGGAAUUGCUAAUCUAUAUGCUGAGGUACAGAAGGGUCUUGGAGUCAGUGGUCCUCUGUUUGAAGUGCUGGACAAAAAGCCACAUAUUGCUUAUGAAGGUGGGCUGAUCCCUGAAGGCAAACCUCAAGGUCAAUUAGAUUUCUCCAAUGUUUCAUUUGCCUACCCAACACGGUCUGAUGUAACCGUUCUUAAUGGCCUUAAUCUUACUAUUCCUGCCGGAGCUAUGACUGCAGUUGUUGGUGGUAGUGGUUCUGGAAAAUCCACCAUUGCAUCCCUUCUUCUCAGAUUUUAUGAUCCUCUAAGUGGUCACAUUUCAUUUGAUGGAAGAAAUGUCUCAGAGCUGGACUGGUCAUGGCUGAGAAAAAAUGUUGCGUUAGUCAGUCAGGAACCAGUUCUGUUUUCUGGCUCAAUACGAGACAAUAUUGCUUAUGGUUCUAUUGAAGAUGAAAACUUUUGUAAUGUUCCUGAAGAUGAUAUUUGGAAAGCUGCAGAAAUAGCUAAUGCAGAUAAAUUUAUAAAGGCAUUACCUAAUGGACUUGACACUGUUGUUGGAGAGCGUGGUAUAACUCUCUCUGGUGGUCAAAGACAAAGAGUAGCUAUUGCAAGGGCAUUAAUGAGGGAUCCUAAAGUUUUGCUCCUAGAUGAAGCUACCAGUGCAUUAGAUGCUGAAAGUGAACAUCUGGUCCAAGAAUCCUUGGAGAAAAUUAUGCAUGGUCGCACGGUGUUGGUUAUUGCACAUCGACUGUCUACAGUUCGCAAUGCUGAUCAAAUAGCAGUUUUAGAAAAUGGCUCUGUUGCUGAGCUCGGAUCAUAUGAUGAGCUUAUGUCAAGAGAGGGAGCAUUCAAAACUCUAGUACGUCUUCAAACAUUUGAUUCUUCAUAGUUAGGUCAUUGUUGGAUCUUAAAAACUUUAUUGUGAUGAAUAAUUCUAAAGAUGGGUGAUUGUAAAAACUUUAGUAGAGCUGUGAACAAAAACAGAGAGAUUUUAACA